UGCCCCCACUCAGCUCACUCACUGCACCCUCUCUGUCCUUCACGCACACACACACACACACACAUAUAACACACUCCUACAACACCAGGCACCGCAGUGACACACACCAUGCGUACCUGUGCGGACUUAUUCUACCUCCUCAUGCUGGAUUUUACGGACGCUUCUGGCUGAUACCGACGCAGACUGAACCCUUGAAAAGGAUAAUCUGCCUAUACCUACCUGCGGAGAUUACAUUUUUUACUUUCUUGUGCUACUUGUUAGACCGGGGAAGGCUGAACGCUUCGGCAAAGGCUUUUGAGAAAGGACGAGGCCGUGCCAUGAGAGUCCACUUUUAAGUGCGAGCCAAGAGGUCCAGCAGCUCUUUGUGUUUGUUUGUCCCGCGUGAAGCCGAGUCUCUGUCCAACAUGAGGAGCAGCUCUCAUGUCCUGCCUCUGGGUGUGCUCACAGCUCUGCUGCUGUCUCAGGUCUGCUCUGGCAUCAAAUGGCUAGCGCUAUCACACGCUCCCACGUCUCUGCACAUCAACCAGACGCAGCACUGUAAGCUGCUGCCGGGCAUGGUGUCCUCUCAGGCUCAGCUGUGUCGCAGCAACCUGGAGCUCAUGCAGACUAUCGUCCAGGCGGCCCGCGAGGUCAAGAAGACGUGCCAGAAGACCUUCUCUGACAUGCGCUGGAACUGCUCCUCCAUCGACAUCCCCAUCGACGCACAGAAGUAUCCACCCGACCUUGAACGAGGAACAAGAGAGGCUGCAUUUGUCUACGCCCUGUCAGCGGCAACCAUCAGCCACACCAUAGCCCGAGCCUGCACUUCAGGAGAUUUGCGGCUGUGCUCGUGUGGUCCCAUGCCCGCAGAGAUCCCCGAGCCCGGCUAUCGCUGGGGAGGCUGCGCUGAUAACCUGCACUACGGUCUGAUCAUGGGUUCUAAGUUCUCUGACGCUCCCAUGAAGAUGAAGCGAGCAGGCUCCCACGCUAACAAACUCAUGCACCUGCACAACAGUGAAGUCGGGAGACAAGCGUUGAGAGACGCGAUGGUGAUGAAGUGUAAAUGUCACGGCGUGUCUGGCUCCUGCUCUAUAAGGACCUGCUGGAGGGGCCUGCAAGACCUGAGGGAGAUCGCCAUGGACCUAAAGACCAAGUACCUGUCUGCUACUAAAGUGGUUCACAGGCCCAUGGGGACACGCAAGCAGCUGGUACCCAAAGACAUCGACAUCAGGCCGGUGAGGGAGAACGAGCUGGUCUACCUGCAGAGCUCCUCGGACUUCUGCAUCAGGAAUGACAAACAAGGCUCUGUCGGGACACAGGACAGGCAGUGCAACAAAACCUCUAUGGGCAGUGACAGCUGUGACCUGAUGUGCUGCGGGCGUGGCUACAACCCGUACACAGAGAAGCUGGUGGAGCGCUGCCACUGCAAGUACCACUGGUGCUGCUACGUCACCUGCAAGAAGUGUGAGCGGAUUGUGGAGAGAUACGUCUGCAAAUGAGUCCAUGCUGCAGUCCUCUGCUGGAAAAAAAACCAAGCCGCCCAGGACUACAGAUUAACCAAAGCACUACAGUACCACAAAGGCUUACUUUUGUCUUAAGCUUUAGCAUGUGUCUCUCAUGGGAAGCGGUCUGUUCUUGUGUCAGUAUAUUUUUGUAUCAAAUCUCCAAACUGGGCUUCUUCUCUUCACAAAGCUGGACGCGGAGUUCUGCUUUACGUGAUGACCACCGUCCUCCUGGGUAUUUCUUUUUUCUUGUUCAUGUGUAUGAAUCCCGCUGAGAGGGAUAUGGAAAGUCUAUUUUAUUAUAUCUCUAAUAAAAAGAAAUAAUAUUGGAUUUUAUGCUGGAGGAGAGGGGGUCUUUCUCCCCCUCACUUGACUUGUGUUUGGCUUCAUUCCACGGAUAUCAAAGGGUUCUGAUGGAUCCAUGUGGUACUUUUUUUGGGGUACUAUUAAGACUUUUUUUUCCUCGCAGUGAUGGAAGAUAGAGGAAAAGGAAACAAAAAGGGAACUUUAAGUACUUUUUCAAUCAUGGAUCUUAUUUUGUGGUUGAUGUUUCUGGACUCUCGCCAUGUGUCCUGUGUGGAUCUUGACAUGCCUGCAUCCCUGUGGAUUGAGAGACGAAGAAGAGGAAGAGAAUUAAAGACUUUUGUAAAACGGUGCAUUAACUCUUUUAUGUCUGCAGUUCAAAUAUAUUCUAUUUUUCAGAGCCUAUGAGCUGAACUCAUGGAUUUUGUAAACCACUUUUGUGUGGAUGUACAUACUGUUAUUUUGUAUACUGAAAUAAAGACAGAAGUAUUUAUAAAAUAAAUGAUCUUUACCAUCAUUUUA